CCCCUUUUGUUGAGUUGUAGUGCGCAUGCUCAGUGUAGUAGCCGGUUAUGGCGGCGAUGUGCGUUGCUCCAUGAGGUUGUGGACGCCUGCUAUUCUUGCGGACAGAGCGUUCCGAACCAAACGCUGGCAUGGCAGGAGUAUUUGAUAUUGAUUUGGACCAGCCGGAGGAAAAUGUCUCCGACGAUGAGAAUGAGGAGGCUCAAAUCAGUGAUAUCAUGGACCAGUGCAGUGGAUUUGAGUUCAACAUGGACGACUGUGAGAAGAUUGAGAUAUCAGAGGACAACGUCAAUAAGGGAACAGAGAGCAUCAGGCCAGAGUGCUUUGAGCUGCUGCGGGUCCUGGGGAAAGGUGGUUAUGGAAAGGUUUUUCAAGUUCGAAAAGUCGUUGGAGCUGCAUCAGGCAAAAUAUUUGCCAUGAAAGUUUUAAAAAAGGCUAUGAUUGUACGUAACGCCAAGGACACAGCCCAUACCAAGGCAGAGAGGAACAUCUUGGAGGAGGUGAAGCAUCCCUUCAUUGUUGAUCUCAUCUACGCCUUUCAGACAGGAGGAAAGCUGUACCUCAUCCUGGAGUACCUGAGUGGAGGAGAACUUUUCAUGCAGCUGGAGCGGGAGGGCAUCUUUAUGGAAGACACAGCAUGUUUUUACCUGGCAGAGAUCUCCAUGGCUCUGGGUCACCUACACCAGAAGGGCAUCAUCUACAGAGACCUGAAGCCUGAGAACAUCAUGCUCAACAGCCAAGGCCAUGUAAAGCUGACAGACUUUGGGCUGUGUAAAGAGUCCAUUCAUGAUGGCACAGUCACCCACACUUUCUGUGGGACCAUCGAAUACAUGGCCCCAGAGAUCCUGAUGAGAAGUGGACAUAAUCGAGCAGUGGACUGGUGGAGCCUGGGUGCUCUGAUGUACGACAUGCUCACAGGAGCGCCACCGUUCACUGGUGAAAACCGAAAAAAGACCAUUGACAAGAUCUUGAAGUGUAAACUCAGCCUCCCGCCCUACCUCACACAGGAAGCUCGAGAUCUCCUGAAAAGGUUACUGAAGAGAAACGCCUCCUCGCGACUGGGAGCAGGAGCAGGAGACGCCACAGAGGUGCAGGCGCACCCCUUCUUUCGACACAUCAACUGGGAGGAUUUGCUGGCUCGUAAAGUGGAGCCUCCCUUCAAACCUUUCCUGCAAUCCGCUGAAGACGUGAGUCAGUUUGACUCAAAGUUCACCAGUCAGACACCAGUUGACAGCCCUGAUGAUUCGACCCUCAGUGAAAGUGCCAAUCAAGCAUUUCUGGGUUUCACGUACGUCGCUCCCUCAGUCCUGGAAAACAUCAAAGAAAAGUUCUUGUAUGAGCCAAAAAUCCGCUCACCACGACGGAUCAUGGACAGCCCGAGGACGCCUCUCAGCCCAGUCAAGUUCUCAGGGGGGUGCUGGCCCCAGAGCCCCCUCAGCAGAGGACCAAGCAUCCUCCAGUCACCUCAGGACCAGGCCAUGGAACUGUCCACGCUAGAGCAGAUGGACGUCACAAUCAGCUCCGAGGCCUCGGCCCCUCUUCCCAUUCGUCAGCCUGCCGGGGUGAACCGGGCUCAGAUGAAGCAGCAGGCCUAUCCUGUCAUGGCCAAACGACCUGAACAUCUACGUAUGAACCUAUGACCCAACAUGCCUUUUUAGGCGAGUUUAUUUUGUCACUCUUUGUUGAUAUUUUUAAAAACAAAGCAAAAAAGAUAUGGAUGCUAGAGACGAUGAAAAUCAAAAAUUGCACAUCCACACACUAUGUAUACGGUCACAACCCGGAGUUUGUGCGUGGGUCUGGGACUCCAGCGUGCUGCAGUUAAGAGCUACCGACAAAUUCACCAUCUUGCAUCCUCCUCCACCUCAGGUCUCAUGACCUGUGUCUACUGACUCCCCCUCCCUUUCUGAACUGGACUAGUAGGACUGGAUGUCCUAUGAGGAUCUUAAAGCCUUUGUGUAAUCUGGAAAUCAAAGGCUUCAUGUAUCACACAGUUUGCAGGCGAUUUAAACUAAAUGCAGUUGGUCUGUUGUACAAGAUGACGUCCAAAGUGCUUUGUGCUCUCUGAAUGAAUGCCAGUGAGGAAACUGCUUCCACUGGGAGAUGAUGUUACUUCUCCUUAGAGAAAACAUGCUCCCUGGCUCCGAUAUUGAUAUAUUGUAUACAUUUAUUAUAGAAAACGAUCAAAGAAACUGUUGUGGGCAGUGGACAAACAGAGGUUCUAGUAUUGAUGAAUAUUACUUUGUCUUGUUUUACAAAAUGAAUGCAUUAACUGUGCUGUACAUCAGUGAUGAAUCAGAGCCUAAAUUUAAAAAAAAAAAUCAUGUUUAAUUCUUUCAGCAGUGGUGGUGUGGGCAACUUGUGGAUGGCUUAUUUGAUGUGGGAUCCAUACUUUAAUUUAUCUGCCCUUCAAGAAUAUGUCACUAGGGGAUUUUUUACUGGAUUAGUUUGACGCGAUGUUGGCGUCACUCAUUCCUAUAAACACCCGAAACAU